CAUGCCCUUUAUCAUCGCGUCCGGGCUGACUCGUGUCGACGCCGUCAUCCACCCUGUCUUCUUGACGAGCCGCAUUGCAGCAAGGUGUCCAACCAACAAAACCCGAGCGAAAAUCCUCCGCCGCCCGCUCGCGCCAGCCUCGCCGCCAAUCCCAAUCCGGCAAUCCCUUCCCAACCGACGCGGCCCCCUUGCCCUUGCCUUGCUUCCCCCUCCCCCCCGCGCGACCAGGCUCGCACACGCGGGCGGGCGCAUGCGACGCCACCCCGCGCCCGGCCCCAGGUAAGCGCCUCCACCCCCCCGCGCCCCGGCAAUGUCGGCGCACCUCUCGCCGCCCCACCACCCAUCCCUCGCCGCCGGGGACGCCAAGAAGCAGCCGCACCUCGGGGCCGACCCCGGCAGGAGGACCUCCUCCUGCUUCGGCGGCGACCACAGCAGCACCAAGAAGCCCGGGCCCUCCGCGGCCAAGCUCGCGCUCGCGUCCUUCCUCGGCGUCAUCGUCCUCCUCGCCGCCGACGCCUCCCUCGCCGGCGCGGGCGCGCACCGGCGCCUACGGCGCCAGUACCUGCGCUACGUCGGGAUCGGGGUCGGGGUCGGGGUCGGGGGCGGGGGCGCGAGCGCCGGUUCUCCGCCCGCGUGGCUCUCCGUUCCGGACCGCCCCAACUUCACCGACGACCUCCUCGCGCGGUGGCUCGCGCCGGGGGGCUCCCCGUGCCGGGACGCGCGCACGGCCAACAUCUCCGUCCCGGCCCUCGACGGCGCCGCGGCGAGGGGGGAGGCGGCGGAGCUCGGCGCGGGCGAGAUCCACGAGUUCACGUUCUGGGCCCUCGACGGCGCCGGCGGGCGGCGCUGCCUCGGCGGGGACUACUUCGAGGUCGACCUCUCCGGGGCCGCGUGGAAGUCGCGGCCGCCCGUCGUGGACCGCGGCGACGGCUCCUACUCCGUCCGCCUCCAGGUCGCGCCCCGCUUCGCCGCGGGGGAGUUCCGCCUCACCGUCGUCGUCCUCUUCCGCAGCUUCGAGGGGCUCAAGUUCUCCUCCGCCAGGUUCAAGUACCGCGCCGAGCUGCGCCGCAUCCCGCUCCUGUUCCGGCGGCCGGGCGGCAACGCGUCGCUCCCGGCGCUGGAGGUGUGCCGCUCCGCGGACUUCGCGCGCGACGCCUGGUCCGGCCGGUGGACGCGGCUCGCCAGGAACGACGGCUGCGAGGACGUCGACGCAGCGGGCCGGUACCGGUGCCUGGAGCCGGACCACCCGUGCGAGGCGCCGUGGUGCCACGGCCCGCUCGGCGCGCUGGAGAGUAACGGGUGGGUGUACUCGGCGCACUGCUCCUUCAGGCUCUUCGCGGCCGACGCGGCGUGGCGGUGCCUCGACGGCAAGUGGCUCUUCUUCUGGGGCGACUCCAACCACGUCGACACCAUCCGGAACCUCCUCACCUUCGUCCUCGGCAUCACAGACACGUCCGUCGUGACGCGCCGCUUUGACGCCGUGUUCACGAACCCCAGCGGCGGUCCGGGGACCCUGAGGAUCACGAGCAUCUUCAACGGCCACUGGAACAUGACCAUGAACUACCUCGGCCUGCAUUCCCUCCGGAACAGGGGGUUCCGGCAGCUGAUCCGGUCCUACUUCGUGUCCGGUGACCGUGUCCCAGAUGUCGUCAUCCUCAACUCCGGCCUGCACGACGGGUGCUACUGGACCAGCGUCCGUGCCUAUGCCCAGGGCGCCGAGUUCGCGGCACAGUUCUGGUCGGAUGUCAUGGCUAAAGUGCGCGCUCGUGGCCACGCCGUGCCGAGGGUGUUCUACCGUACUACGAUCGCGACUGGGGGUUAUGCUAGGGACCUGGCAUUCAAUCCGAGCAAGAUGGAGGUGUUCAAUGGCGUGCUCGUUGAGAAGAUGAGGCGGCAUGGGGUGCUCACCGGCGGGGUGAUCGACAAUUUCGACAUGACAUUCCCAUGGCACUAUGAUAACCGCUGCAAUGACGGUGUGCACUACGGGCGCGCGCCGGCGAGGCUGGUGUGGCGGGAUGGCAAGGUUGGGCACCAGUACUUCGUGGACCUGAUGCUGGGCCAUGUGCUCCUCAAUGCCAUCUGCAAUGGAUGAGAAUUGCUGGUUCCAUGCUCUGUAAGUUUCUGGUGCUCAAUUGUGUAAACUAGAGUUAGGCUGGUUAGGGAGCUGAAUUUACCGAGAUGAGAUAUAGAUACACGGUUGCAGAGUUCAUGUGUACAUCAGAUGUGGGAAGAGAGACGAGUGGGGGUUUAGCUGAAGCAAUUUGUAUUCUUAAACAUCUGAUCUUUCAGCUAUGCUACUGGCCUGAUCUUGCUCUAGUAGGCAAGGAGGAUUGAGAAAUCGAUCGGAGCUACCUACGAGGAAGAUCAGGUACAUGUAAAUAUAUUGCACGACUAUUCGAGGAGGCUUUAUGCUGUGCAAAUUCAGUAGGUCAAAUGAUUCUGUUCGGUGCUA